UACACUUUAAGGGUUCAUCACGAGUACAGGCUUUACCUUAUUUUGAAACUAGUUUAUCUACAAAAAGAGCCUUAAUAUCAUUUUUUUUCUCUAACGCCAUUUUAAAUCUUAUUUAUUUUACAGAAGUGUGUACCUGUUGGUAUUUUGUCACCAGGGAGUACAAGUCAAGCUAUCUUCAAAAAGAAGGAAGGAAGAGAAAGGUGACAGAAUAAAAGAGGGACCGACUACAGCGGGAGUAGAAACUUUUCUUACAACUCGUCUUCCUCCACACUCUCUCCUCGCUGCUCUCCUACAUCUUCACAGCUUCACCAAGAUGAAGCUGAAGGAGGACCUGAACCCCAUGCUGCUGCUCCUCUUCCACCUCAUGGUAUGCAUCUACACCUUCAUCACCUUCCUGCCAUCCUACAUCCUAAGCUGGUUCUCAAGACCCGACGGGGGCUUCUAUGGCUCAGAGGAGGAGCGAGCCAAGAGGGCGAAGGCCCGCUCCGUGCUGGGACAUACAGAGGGACCCUACAGAGCUGUGAGCGCCACUAAGAGGUUGGUGAUGUCACUGCACCCUGGAGUGGACACCCUGGACAAGAUGUUUGAGCAUGCAGCCAUGAGGUUCCCACACAGAGACUGUCUGGGGACGAGGGAGGUGAUCAGCGAGGAGGACGAGCGACAGAGCAAUGGAAAGGUGUUCAAGAAGGUGGUUUUGGGUAAGUACUGCUGGCUCUCCUAUGAGGAAGUCCUCACAGCAGCAACACAGCUGGGCAGCGGUUUGGCAUCACUGGGUCAGCGGCCGAAAAACAACAUCGCAAUCUUCUGUGAGACGCGAUCUGAGUGGCUUAUUGCAGCCCAGGCAUGCUUCAUGUACAAUUUCCCGUUGGUCACCCUUUACUCCACACUGGGAGGUCCGGCCAUUGCUCACGGGCUGAAUGAGACUCAGGUCACCCACAUCAUCACCAGCAGAGAGCUUCUGGAAACCAGACUCAAGGCUAUCCUGAUUGAAGUUCCGAAGCUGCAGCAUAUCAUUGUUGUGGAAAACACACCGACCUCAUGGCCCGGCUAUCCACGUGGCAUCAACGUGCACAACAUGGCUGCUGUUCAGAAGCUGGGAGCCAGACCUGACAACGCAGCACGUGAGCGUAAGCAGCCGCUGCCCUCAGACAUCGCUGUCAUCAUGUACACCAGCGGAUCCACAGGCAUACCGAAGGGCGUCAUGAUCUCCCAUAGCAACAUCAUCGCUGGCAUCACGGGCAUGGCCGAGCGGAUACCCAACCUCUGUGAGGAGGACACCUACAUUGGCUACCUGCCUCUCGCCCAUGUACUGGAGCUCAGUGCAGAGCUCGUAUGUGUUUCUCACGGCUGUAGGAUCGGCUAUUCUUCACCUCAGACUCUAGCUGACCAGUCAACCAAGAUCAAGAAAGGAAGCAAAGGAGACACCAGCGUCCUGCAGCCCUCUCUGAUGGCAGCUGUCCCGGAGAUCAUGGACCGAAUCUAUAAAAAUGUGAUGACCAAGGUGGAGGAGAUGAGCUGUGUCCAAAGAACACUUUUCAUUCUGGCAUACAACUACAAACUGGAGCAGCUGGCCAAAGGAUACAGCACACCGCUAUGUGACAAGCUGGUGUUUAGGAAAGUUCGCUCUCUACUAGGAGGUCGGACGCGAGUGUUGUUGUCGGGUGGAGCGCCACUCUCAGCCGCCACGCAACGCUUCAUGAAUGUGUGUUUCUGCUGCCCGGUGGGUCAGGGAUACGGCCUGACGGAGACCUGCGGAGCUGGAACCAUUAGCGAGCUGUGGGAUUACAGCACUGGGAGAGUGGGAGGGCCGCUGGUUUGCUGUGAGAUCAAGCUCAAAGACUGGGUGGAGGGUGGUUACCGUAGCACUGACAUGCCACAUCCAAGAGGAGAGAUUCUGAUUGGCGGACCCAACGUAACCAUGGGAUACUACAAGAAUGAGGCGAAAAACCAAGAAGAUUUCUUUGUAGAUGAAAACGGCCAGCGGUGGUUUUGCACAGGAGACAUUGGAGAGUUCCACCAAGACGGGUGCCUCAAGAUAAUUGAUCGUAAGAAAGACUUGGUGAAGCUGCAGGCAGGAGAGUACGUCUCCCUGGGGAAGGUGGAGGCCAUGUUGAAGAACUGCCCUUUGGUCGACAACAUCUGUGCCUAUGCCAACAGUGAUGAGACGUACGUGAUUGGCUUUGUGGUGCCCAAUCAGAAGCAGCUGCUGGCUCUGGCUGACCAGUAUGGCAUUCGAGGCUCGUGGGAGGAGCUGUGCAACAGUAAGGCCAUGGAGGAGCUGGCCCUCAAGAUCAUCACUGAGGCUGCUCUAGCAGCUCAACUAGAGCGUUUUGAGAUCCCUCGCAAGAUCUGCCUGAGCCCUGACCCGUGGACUCCGGAGACAGGACUAGUGACUGACGCAUUCAAGCUCAAACGCAAAGAGCUGAAAACACAUUACAAGGACGACAUUGAGAGAAUGUACGGUGGGAAAUAAAGACCAGCACAGCAUCGUUAAUUCUCAAAGCAAAGACCAACACUUGACUCUGAACACACCCUGUACCCUUUCAUUGCUCCCUUAUAUCCUUCCCCAUCAACAUAAGAGACCUGACUCUGUGGUAAAUCUUAAGGGUAGUGUGCUGCCAAUUCCAGCGACUUUUACUUGAAUUUGUAACUAAACACAAAAAGAAAACAUAAAGUGUCCCUGUCCACUGCUGCCUUUUCCUUUUUUUCCACCCAGGUGUAUGACCUCUUUGUGGGGAGCUUUAUUGUUCCAGAUGUGAGUUAUGAAACAGAUGGUGGUUUAGCUGAUGUUGUCUGUUGAACUCUUUCUGAGUGCCACAGCAGAUGCUCAGGUCGGGCGGACAGCUUUGUCGCCUCGUUGCUCUGUGCCCACCCAUGAGACACUAAAUCUUUUUAAUGUAAAUCUUUCUUUUAGUUAGGUUUGAUUUUUCUUUUAACUUAACGGUUCCAAAUUCCUUCUUCCUGCAGGUCAGGAGACGGUCAAUUCUUUUGUUUCUUUUUUUUUUAGUCUUUUUUUGUUUGCAUGUUUUGAGUUCUGUCAAAGGUUUAUUUUGUCUCCCACCCACAGUCGGACUUUGACUCCCACGGUGGUGGGACGUCUCUCCCAUCAGCACAUCUUGAUACCAAAAGCACAAAGUCACUUCAGGGCAAAUGUAAGCAGGUUGGUAAAAAUGUUACAUAUCUGGGGGCCGUAUUCACAAAUCUUCCUAGUACAGUAAGAGUUGCUCCUGAUGACGAAAAUCUUAGAAUUAUUACAUUUUCUUAGAAUAUCCCCUUAAAGUUCCUGGUAAAGAUGAAAUGUAUUCACAAAGCAUCUUAGCCAAAGAUAGCUGCUAAGGUGAAAAACUUUAGGAGUAGCAGAAGAGAAAAUUGCAGAAACACAGAAGUCAGAGAAAUAUUCUCCAAACACUGGAUGUAUUAAUGAAACGCCACAGAUUCAAUGGUGCAGGGAUAAUGUUUGUGGUCAGUCUCAUUAGCAUCUCUAAUCUAAUCUAAUCUCCCAGCCAUUGAAACACAGAAUAGUGUCAGAAAUAAAGUGAUCACAACACUAAGAUGAAUAGCAACUGGAAAAAUGUGACAUUGCAGCAGUGUUAUCACAUAAAAAUCGCUGUCACAGUCUCAUAAUGUGACACUUUAUUUUAUUUCUACUGGGUGUCCACACCUUGCAGGCUCACAUAAGGGUGUCUGUGACAACCAAUCACAUCUGUUAAAAGAAUACAUCAUACCUAGCAAUGGGGUCAACCACACCUCCUCUCUAAGAUACAAGUUUCUGUCCCUUCCUUGCUCUGAGACCUUUCCUAAAUCACUCCUAAUCUAGGACUCAUUUAUAGAAGUUUUUAGGCUAAGGAGCUCUCUAAGACUUUUCUCAGAAUGUUUGUGAAUACGGUCCUUGGUCUAAACAUUGUUUUCUUUUUAUCAUCAGCAUUUAGCACAUCGUCCAUUUUUUAGGAAAAUAAGAAUUGCACGUCAUAGUCUUAUUUAAAAAGAAAAGAUGCACUGUUGUUUAGUCUAUUGUAUUUUCCUAAAGUGAUACUUUUUACGUGCUGUACAGACCCCAUUGUGCACAAAAAUGCACAUUUACUUGCUUGUAUUACAGAUGAAAUGACUGUAUAAUCACUGCCAUGUUUGAUAAAUCAUAGUGCAAUAUGGAAAUGUUUCAUUUCUGUCCAAAUACGGCAGUUGAUUACAAAUGGGACAAAAAUAAAACUUUUAAUGUGCGUGGGUGUGCUAGAAAAAAUAGCACACUUUGACAAGUGCGACUUUUGCAGGAUGGUCAUUACCAGCUUAAAGUCACACAUUUCUGUCAUCUGCAUGAGUAUGACUAAGUGUGUGUGACUCAUACACGGCACAAACAUGGCCCCAGCAGCAUCCCUCACAAUGUGACACCUGUUGCCUUCUCGUGUGAUUCUGAGUCACGCCUUUCUAAAUCCUGCCUGAUUUUUCAUAUGAUGUUUCUCCUGAAGUGUACAUAUAGUGAAUAUGUACGUGGAGCUGUGAUCAGCAGAGGAAGCACAUGUAUAGCCUCUAUUUUAACUGAAGCUUUAUCGUCAUGGACCUGUUUUGGAGCUCCACUCCUUCUCUGUAUCGAGAGCCUGCCUUGUAACAUAAGUGGAUCCAACUAUUUAUUUGUAAUUUGACUUUGGAAAAAUGCCCAAAUGAAGUAAAUAAAGGUUGUGUUUGGUCUA